UAUUAUUAUGAAAUGAUAUUAAAAUAUCAUCAAAAGAGUAACCCCACCAGCCACUCUCCCUCUAACCUAUCUCACCAACUCACAUCUAGAAGCUCUUUCUCUCUCAAUCCAAAUCAGUACCCUAUAAAAACCCCUUCAAUUCCUCAAAAGGGGUCAGCUUUGUUGCUUCACCCAACUCCCCCCUAAAUUAGCUUUUGCUCAUCAUCAUAAAAUAUUUUACAUCAAAAAAAAAAAAAAAAACAGCUAAAACUGAAAAAAUUAAAUUUCUCCAACUUCAAUUUUUCCCUCCAACAAUCUUAAGAUUAUUUCAUAAUUUCCCAAAAAAUUAUAAAAAUUAACUUUUUUUUGAAAAAUUUAAAAAAUGGGGAGGUCCCCUUGUUGUGAGAAAGCUCAUACAAACAAAGGAGCAUGGACAAAAGAAGAAGAUGAUAGAUUAAUUGCUUACAUUAAAGCUCAUGGUGAAGGUUGUUGGCGUUCUCUUCCUAAAGCCGCUGGUCUUCUCCGGUGCGGUAAAAGUUGCCGGCUCCGGUGGAUUAAUUACCUUCGUCCUGAUUUGAAAAGGGGUAAUUUUACUGAAGAAGAAGAUGAACUCAUCAUCAAAUUACAUAGUCUUCUUGGUAACAAGUGGUCAUUGAUAGCAGGAAGAUUACCAGGAAGAACAGACAAUGAGAUAAAGAAUUAUUGGAAUACCCACAUCAAAAGAAAGCUAUUAAACAGGGGAAUUGACCCUGUUACACAUAGAUCACUAAAUGAAGUUGUAUCAAAUCCAGAAUCUUCACCAACAACAACACCAAAUUCAACAACAACAACAAUCUCAUUUUCCGCACCAAUCUCUAUUGCGAAGAAGGAAGAAGUUUUGGGGUUAAAAGACGAGAUUUUGGGAAUGAAAGAUGAAAUUUUUACUAAUAAUCACAUGUUAAUUGAAGAUGAACAACAACAAUCUAGAAGAAAAUUUACACAGAGAUGCCCUGAUUUGAACCUUGAUCUUAGAAUUAGUCCUCCUUGUCAACAACAACUACAAAAUACAGAGUUAAAAACAGGGACAAGAAUUUGCUUCACUUGCAGUUUGGGGUUGGAGAAUAGUCAACAAGAUUGUAAUUGCAGUCAAAAUAUUAAUAUGGUUGGCUGUAGUACUAGUAGUAAUAAUGGUACCAACAUUUGUUAUGAUUUCUUGGGGUUGAGAACUAAUGCUGUUUUCGACUAUAGAAGUUUGGAGAUGAUGAAGUAAAUUUUUAAUUUUUUAGGAUUUGUUUGUUGAUCGAUUUUAGAUGAAAGAGAAUAUACUACAAGUACUAAGAAAAAGAGAUUUGUGGUAGCUCUCAACAAAUCCUUUUAGAUAUAUAUAACUUGUGUAAUUAGUGGUAGCUAGGAUGUAUUAACAUAAAUUUGGGUGAUUAUUUACUAGUACUAUAACAAUAAUACAUAUUAUAAUUAGUUUGUUCA